AUUUCCCGGACAAGCACUCUGUCAUCCAAAUUUUGCAAGGCCUGUAAGACGUCAGCUUGCCAACCAUUCCGCUGACGUACAUCAUAGCCAUCAGGUACCAAUGGGCACUAUAUGCCCCUUCACGAAAAGAUGUCAAUAAAACCCAAAAUGCUAUUAUGCAUUCGGCGAUGAAGAGUCCUGUCGCCUUCUAUUCUAUCAUCUUUGCCGGCGCAUGUCACUAUGCAUUUCUCCAACGGAAUAACAACGUCAGCAAAGACAGUGUGGCACUUCGCAUGUCCUACAAGACGCAAGCUAUUAGCAGUCUCAGGGAUGAGCUUCAACGAUGUCAAGGGGUCGUCACAGAGGAAGUGCUCUUGUCCAUCAUUCUCUUGGCUAUCCAUGACAAGGGUGAUACGCUGGUGGCUCCCAAGAAGCUCAUGGAUUCGCCCUUGCGUCAGGUUAAGGACAACGAAUUCUACACCAGCAUGAGAUGGCAGCCGAAGCAUUUGGACAUGCUAUACAAUAUGUUGAAACAGCUUGGUGGCUUGCAGUCACUUCAAAUGCAUGGCCUGGCAGAAGCCGUCGAAUCGGCUGCACUGAACGAGUCGCUUCUUGCCCAGGAACCACCGCGUGUCGGAUUGCUACACCCUGCUUCCUAUUAUCUCAAGUCUUGCCAACAGAAAUGGGACGAUGAAGGCUGGCAGCGUCACAAAGUAGUGAGUGCACGCAAAUUUGCACUUCUGGAAGGAGCCGAAGGCAAGGAACACCUCUCCCAAACUGUCGCCGACACUCGAAAACUGCUGGUCACAUACGACUGUUUCCGCCGAAACAGGGUCAAUGGUCCAGACCUCCUGCAGACUAUUGGAGCGCGACGGUCGAUACAGUGGAACCUUCAGCGACCACUUCCAUCGAAUGACUGCCGCUAUCGAGUCUGCCGAUAUGCUAUGCUCAUCUUCUUGGUGGAAACUAUCCAUCCCAAGCCACGGUACCUCGACAUACAUCGCAGAUUGGCAGAGAAGCUCAUGCUGGCAUUGGAUGAGGCUUCUAUGCUGGGAUAUACGAGCAAAUGCCCCGAGGACUACGCUUGGGCGACAAUACUUGGUGGUGCCGCCGCGUCCGAGACGUCUUUAGACGAAUGGUAUCGGGCACAAAUGAGCAGUUCGUGCAACUUCGUAUUUGAAGAGACUUGGGAGUCGGUACAGUCUAUGUUGUCCUCAUUCCUUGUGCCAGGGGCUGAGCAUGAAGAGAGAUGCGAGCGCUUCUGGCAUGAAGCACGCGAAUACUACCUUGAACGACAGGGGACGAAAUACUGGGACCCUCCGACCGACACGUCAGAGUUUUGGAGUAGUCCCGAAUCAUGAGUACCACGAAAAUGAUACCAUUUAGACUAUAUAUUUCGGGAGCGACGAUGCUUAUAUUUAUUUUCAGCUAGACGUAGAUCAU